UAUGGCCCCAUACGUCACGGGGAAGCCGUCUGGAGGAAUUCCCUAGUACUGAGUACAGGAAAAGCGCGUCAGACGGGUAUCAAGAUGGCAUCUAGGCUGCAACUCCUGCAACAUUUCGUGACCAAGUAUCGGCACGUACUACUCGGUGCUUCUGCCGUGGGGGUGUUUGCCUUGAAACUGGCUCCACACAUCGCACCCCAAUGGUACUACCCAACAGUCUACCAGCUGUGGGACCAAGAUGGACCGGUCCAACUCCCACGGCAUCAUGGGAACCUUUUCCAGGAGGUUGCUGGGAAGUUUGGACUGAAGGAUGCUGGGAGAUUCAAGGUUUUCCCUCAGUACGGAUUCUACGAUCCGUUCAGUGCAGGUUUGUCAUGGCUGCCAGGUGGUGCUAUUUUGGGCGUACCCAGUUAUUUCCUGAACGCCACCUCAGAGGAUGUCCAGAACAAGCAAAUCACAGUUUCUGGAAAGCUGCUGGAUUUCGCGUCAGACGAAGGAAAGCAAUUCUGCAACUCUCUCGUCUUCAGUGACUCUGCACUAAAGUUUGCAAUAGGAAGAGAACUUGCUCUUGUCAAGAGUAACGCUGCCCUGUACCAAGCUACCCUUCCACCAGUCUGUCUUGCAGGAACGUACGCAGGUAUUCUGUACACAAAACAACUCCUUGGCCUGUUCCAGAUCCCCUUCCGUUUCAGGGUUGUGCUGAAUCUCUUAGGUGGGACGAUAGGGUUGGCAGUAUACCACCUACUCUCAGACACAAUGGAGCACUACUUCGACCACAAGGCAGACAAGAUGUGUGCCAAACUGGGCAGCGAGUACGCACAGGGAGGGAUAGAGUUUUACGACAAAUUGCUAGUGAGGAAUCAAGCUUUAAGGGUGCUGCUGGGUAGGGAAGGCCAGAAGUUGUACACACCGUAUGGGAACGUUCAACCCAAGAGCAUGUUCCACAUGAAACACCCACAGCUCACAGAAAGGAGGAGAAGGGUGGCAGAAAUAUAUUACUUUGAUUUUGCAUAGAAAUUGGUUGAUGAUGAUGACGGUUGAUUCUUGUGCUGUCAGCAUUCAUUUGACACAUGUUGACCACAUGUACUGCUGAGGCCUAGGAAAAUUACUGUCUAAAGGACCACCUAUUGGACAACCUGUGGACAAACAUUUCACCUGAUCUACUGAAGAAGAAAUUGCUUUCUGACUCAGAUAAAAAAUCUAUAGCCUUACCAGUGGUCGUAUGUUGUUGUAUGUUCCUGAUAAAAGUUGAUGGAUUAGCUCUGGAAAAGUGAAAUAAUUGCAAAAUUAAACAGUUGA